AGGACUACAUUUUGGCAGAUGAUUCCUCAAGUCGUAUUAUUCUGUGAUUGAUCAUAAAGAAUAUACAUGUAAUCAAUAAUUAAUUGCAUUUGCAGAGUAGGCUGGUCAGUGAAUAAUAUACUAUUAAUGGUGUUAAUUGACAGGAAAUCAUGGAUAACUUUCAUAAAGAUAUUGGCCCGAUAUGGGAUCCAGAGUGCAGCCCUACUUUAUCCUCACCGCAGAGAAGGUUGCCAACCCCCGGGAAGAACAUAAACUAGGUCUGCAGUGGGCACAGGACGAACUCCUCCAGUCCAUCACCACUCCCGCACCACCACCCUCGGGCGCUUCUUCCAAAGUUAACGGCCGCUCAUCCUUUGGGAAGUUUCCUGUUCUUGUAGUAAAGAGACCAAAAAUAAAUCGUAAAGUCAAGUAUUCAAUCUCUGUUAAAGAGGUGAGCAAAACGAGAUCGAUGAAUAAAAGAAUGGAGGUGAUAAAGGAAAAGUUGGACAAAUCUCGCGAGAGAUUUAACGAGAACAAGCUCCGACAGAGCGAUCCAGACUUUAUAUGUGAGCCACGAGACGCGUCAAAAGCAGACCAAUGUAUGAACAAUGAUAAACAUCCGCCUUUUAAACUUGACAGGUCAGUGUCAGAUAUGGGUCCGGGUCUUCUGGUUAAACCGAGAAAAGACGACCAAGGAAACAACCCCUUCGUGUACUUCGUUGUGUCUGAUGAACAAAUUGACAAUGCUAACUUACUAGUUGAAGACGGCGGAGAUAAUCUUGUGAGUAAAAGUGCUGAUAAGCGUAGACGAGUGAGGCUUGUUGAGGAAAACCGACGUAAAAGAGAACUACUAACUCAGUCAGCAAAAAUACGAGGACUGGCAAGAGAGGUUGGUUUAAAAACCGAUCCUAACACGUCAUCAAGGUCCCCUGAAGAUCAGAGGGAAAACAACUCUUCAAAGAACAUGCCUGUCAUUAACGAAAUAGUAUUUUCUGGUCCAGAGUACGAGACCCGGAAGCCAAGUUCCAGAAGUCGCCGAAAGACGCGCCUUCGCAGUCCACCAAAGAUUCCUCCGGUAUCGCCCGUAACAACAUCACCCACACCGUACUCCGAUAUCAUGCGGGAAGAUUCAAAACUAGAUCCCGAUGAUAUGGUGCCCAGAAAGCCGUUCCUCUCCGGCCCGAUGUAUACCGGAAAAGCAAAGGGAUUGCAUUCUGUAUCAGUGGGCAGCUUUGAGCUUCCCACCAUAUCAGCUGAUCAGAAGAGGCGCGCUCUUGGACUAGGGACUAGGUUUGAAGAAUUUGGAUACCCUUCUGUGAAAACACAGCCCGAGCAAAAACGGAAGGUUUCCUUUGCAGAUCAACUUCCGGUCAUUCGCGGAAGCGGCUUUGUCCUAAACGGCGCAGACAUAAAAGACGGAGAUUUUGGUAACAAACCGUCCCUAGGUGGCAGAUCACAUACGCUUGGUAGCAUAACUCUGCCUUCUGAACAAACUGACAGACAAACCAAGUGUCAAAAAUAUUUAGCGGGGGAGAAUAUGUCGGUGAUUCGGCCAAACCGUAGGGCGGGUAUCCCACUUCCGCUCUCUAAAAUUGACAUUGUGUCAAACGUGUAUGACGAGAUGAUUAUUAAAAUGAUCCAGGAAUACCUGCAGGACUCGAACACGCCCACCCGUCAAUCUCAGCUGGCCAAGGAUCUACUCAUCAACUUGCAGAAACACAACAAGCACAUGAAAGAACUGAACGUUCCCAACCUUGACAAAAACAGGCAGUCCGUCAAACAGAAGAAAGAAGAGCUCCUUAAAUACCGGAUGACCACCCAGAAGCUUGCAAACGAUCUCUUCUCCCAAGCUCCGCCGAACACGGCUGAAGCCUUUGAGCACAAGCCUAUGACCCCUGUGCUAGAGGAUGUACCCAAAGUCGAGCUGGAGGGACAUGAUGGCGACCAGGAGCCGGGGAACCUGGGCCCACAGGACUCACCGAAAACAGAACCCGACAUCAGGUCCGUCCCCUUUGUUGAGAUCACAUUUAAAUCUAGAAAUGGUGACAAUUUUAUGAAAACCCCAACGGACACUGAUAUGCUUAACCUACCGUCAACAGCUGAUAAGCCAAGGAGCGGCGGUGACAGGAGAACCGCAAGUCGCCCCAUACUGGCCCCUGUGACGCCGGUAUCUUUCCAGAUGGCCCCGCCGGGCCUUAGUAAAGACGACACAUUCGUUUCCAUGUCACUGAAAGCAUAAGUUGUACAACAAUCAGUGUAUGUGGGACAAUCUUAAAUUUCCUAAUCUGAAUAUCAUCGUCGCCUGUGCUUUUCACCACCGGCAGCAAAGAUAUAUAUGUCAGGCCCUUUUUCAGAGCAUACGAAUAUGACCCCCAACCACGGGGCUGCAUUCUUAUGAAAUAAUAAACAUUCACUGAAAGGGUUCAUUCAGCCUAUAUUUUCAUCCAGGGCGAUGUUGUUUUUUUCCUGCGGACGAGUUUGAAUGAACCUUCAAUAGUUAAAAUUCUAACGUCUUCACGGAUGUAAAUUAUGGUACUCACUUGCGGCGCCGGGUGUGCUGAGUUACGCCCCCUCUAACGUCCCGGGCCCGCCCCUGGUUCCAUCAACAAUUGUCAUAUUUUGUGUUCUACAUUUGCACGAGGCGGGAAACUGCAGCGUAUUGACUGCAUGACGUACAUUGUGUGAGAAAAUAAUGCAUAUUAUAUGAAUUAAUAAAGACAAUAGUGCUCGUGUCAAACUCUUGCCAAUAGGGUAAAUAUGAUAUGAUAUAUUUUUAUAUCUCUUGACCCAGUCUGCAUUGUGUCUAAUGUAUAAAAUUAAACCAUGGUUUGUUUAAACUUGUUUGAUUGAAACAAUCAAUGUGUCAUCAAAUAUUACAGAUUAUCGUUUUUAUGAGCAAUCUAAUGUUAUAUCUGUUUUACUUCAAGUGUUUGUUAUGUAUUCUCAUCUUGUUGACAACUUUAGAUAAUAAUAAAUCAA